AUGGUUCUCAAUCCAGCCGCCGCACGAACAGCCGCACUGAAUUCCCAGAAUAGCCAACCAGUCCCAAACAAAUCCCAGAUGGUAACUUCAAAACCGAGCACAUCGCACCUGAAAUCUAUCCCGAACGGACGAUCGAAAUCCUGUGGACCGUCUCGGAGCUCCUCCUCAGCACAUCCGAGUUCUGACGUGCCUGGACCGGCUCUAUUGUUAGUCGGCUGCGCUUGUGAUCUGCGCAAUGAUAUUGCCCAACUACUUGAACUCUCCAAACAAGGUGAGGAGCCGGUGGACCCGAAAACGGCUGAACGUCUGGCAGCGGAAGUGGGGGCUGAAGCAUACGUAGAAUGUUCUGCUUUGACUCAGAAGAAUCUGAAGACCGUUUUUGAUUUGGCUAUCUGGUGUGGUUUACGUGUUGCCGAUUUGGGCGGACCAGCCUAUCGUUUACGGAUGUUCAAUGGGACCGAAAAUGGGCAUAGCAUGCUUUCAUCAAACGGCUUGGUGGUUGGUACUCGUUCCCCCGGAUCUUCAAGGAAAUCUGCCUCGCAGAAUUCCAAUCGAACACGUACGAGUGGAUCGUUCCACUUGAAACCGAACCCACCACCAACCGAUCCGCUUAUUUUUGACCAAAAAUCUUCAGAUAGGAGUUUAUGGCGCAAACUUUUGUGCAUCGACUAG